AUGCUCGGCCUCUCAUCACUCCGCGCAGCGCUCGCGGCCGCCAUAGAGCCCGCCAUGGGCGUACGCGCCAUGUCUACGACCCACCUGGGCAACCUCGCACCGGCGAAGGGGAGCAACAAAGUCAACCUCCGCCGUGGUCGUGGUGAGGGAUCGACCAAGGGUGGACAGGCGGGUCGCGGCCACAAGGGCCAGAACGCGCGCUCUGGUACGGGAAAGCCGACGCCGGGCUUCGCUGGCGGCCAGACGCCUCUCUACCGUCUCUUCCCUAAGCGUGGUUUCGUCAACUUCACGCGCCGCGCCUACGCGCCUCUCCAGCUCGCGACGCUGCAGCGCUGGAUCGCGCUGGGCCGCAUCAACCCCGCCGAGCCCAUCACGAUCGGCGCUGUUGUGCGCUCGAAUGCCGUCCACGGGCUCUCCAAGCAGGCUGGCGUCAAGCUCGUCGGCAAGCCCGACACUUCCCUCCCCCUCCCGCCUGUCAAGCUCGAGCUGAGCCGGUUCUCAAAGGGUGCGGCGGAUGCUGUGAUUGCCGCGGGCGGCGAGGUCGAGGCUGUAUACCACAACAACCUUAGUUUGAGGCAGGAGGUGUGGCCCGAGAAGAUGGCGCGGCCCGUUAAGAGCGCACUGCCGAUCCGCAGGACCGAUAUCGAGUUCUACUCCAACCCCGAGAACCAUGGGUAUCUUGCCAAGCGGGGGAUUGUCAUCGGCAAGCAGGCGUAG